CUGGCCACAAUCAGCUUGCGAAUCGUCUCCUCGAGACGGUUGACUCUGCAACGAGGGAUCAAAUCAAGAGCGCUGCUCUAGUUGUCGCUGUCUUUCAUGGGAAUGCGGAUAUGGUACAGCAACUCCUUGAGAGUGGAACUAAUACUACGGGGUCAUCUUUCUAUCAAGACGGCUUUCACCCUUUACAUGCGGCAGCCCUUACCGGUAACUUGCCUUUUGUGAAGAUGCUACGUGAAGCUGGUGCCAAAACUGCCAAUAGAGGCUGGAUACGGGCAACGGAACUGCACUAUGCAGCGCGAAGUGCAUCCUCAGAAUGUGUACAAUUCUUCCUUGAUAUAGGUAUAAGCGUUAAUGUUCAGACUCUCCAUGGAGAUACGCCACUUCAUUGGGCAGCUGAGAUUGGAAAUUCAGACGUAAUAAAGACACUUCUUAUGGCUGGUGCAGAUGUGAAUGCCGAAGGUCAAAACGCAAAUUUCAGCCCGCUCCAUCGCGCAGUUGGCUCUGGACAAGUCGCUGCAGCUAAACAGCUAAUCAAUGCUGGCGCAAAUGUAUUUCCUCAACGGCAAGGAAGCGAUUAUGCUUCUCUAAUAUACCAACUCGUACAUCAGCGUGGUGGUCCAGAGCUUCUCGAACUGCUCCUUGAACUCGGGUAUGAUAUUAACGAAACGACAGUGUUGCAUACUGCAACAUGGAACCACAAUGAAGUUGUCAUUACGCAGCUCAUCAAUCAUGGCGCUGAUAUUUCUCGGCGUAACAGCGACGGAAAUACCGCUCUACAUGAGGCUGCAAAAAUCGGAUGUACCAAGUCCGUUAAGGCCCUGUUAGACGGCGGUGCCGACAUCAACGAGAGGAAU